AUGUUUUUGUCAAGGGUUCCAUAUAAAUUAAAACCAUUUAUAAGGAUAGAGAAUUCUGAAGAAAUUUCAUUUGAAAAAGGUGUGCAAACAUUUGUAGAGAGUCAGUUGGAGAAAUAUAACGAAAAAGAAAAAAAUUGGUAUUCAUAUGGAUACGAAUACUAUGCGAAUAUAUUAUUAGGAAAGAGGAUUUUAUUGGAUGUAGUUCCAAAUAUACGUGAUGUGUCUCAAUUUGUGAAGGAUGUGAGUAUCAGAAGGCAUAUAUUAUAUAGAGGAGGUAGGCCUGGAGGUAUAGAACCAGAUAAGAUAAAGUAUAUAAUACGUGAUACUUUGGGAGUCAAAACAAUAAUAGAUUUAAGGGGUAGGUUUAUCUUUGAAGAUUCCUACUCAACAAAGGAUGAGAUUUUGAGUAGAUCAACACUAUGGAAGUAUUAUUGCCCAAUUUUUGAAAAUGAAGGUAUAGAUAGUUAUAUAGAAGAAAGAAAAGAUUCAGAGAAUAAUAAGAAAGAGGUAGACCGUGAACAAGUUUCUAAUGAUAUAAGAACUCUGAUACUAUUGAAUUCUUUGAACUAUAGAGAACCUCUCAAACUAGAAAAUGAAAGCAGUCAGAUGUCAUCUUCGGAUAAUAGCCAGAGCAGCCUUCCUUUUUGUUUGAACUGUGUAAAAAGGUAUAAAGGUAGAGGGUUUGAACUUAACGAAAAACGUCCGAAGAAUGAAGAAAUACUGCUUAGAAAAAGAAAGGAAGUAAUGAUUCCAAGAAUGAUCUGUUAUCAUUAUUAUUUACUAAACUUAGCUUCUCCAAAAUUUGCUGAGAAAUGGUAUAUUAAAAAAUAUGUGGAGUUAAGGAAGAUGGGAGGGAUUUAUUAUGACAUUGCAGUUUUUGAUUCAGGGACAGUUUGCAGAGCUCUGAAGGUGAUUACUGUUUCAAUUCCCCCGAUAUUGCUACACGGAAAUUUGGGGAAGGACAGGGUGAGUGUAGUUAUCGCAAUAUUAUUAAGCAUUUUGGGGGUAGAGGAAAAAUUCAUUAUUAGAGAUUACUGUGCAUCUGAAGCUGGCUUGCUUUCAAUUAAAGAUGUUAUAGAUACAGAAAUGGAGUUUUUCCCAGACUCUGUUAAGGACUCAAAUCCUGAAUAUAUGAUUUAUUUCUUUUCAAAAAUGAAAGAAGAAUUUGGAAAUAUAAAUUCAUAUUUGGAUAUAAUAGGAUUUGAUGCUUGUUGGAGAUCCAAACUGUGCAAUAAAUUUCAAUGUCAAAUAUAA